CCCUUUUCACUUUUCGACAAAAACGUAUUGUCUGUUACUUUUAAAGCCAAAUCAAAAGGCUAAGCUAAGCGUGUCUCUUAAAUUAGCUGUAAAGUUUGAUUAUUAUUUUAGACCGGGGUAAUUUUAAAGUGAAGAUGGAAAACGUCACAUUAGUCUUCUCUGUCCUUGGGAAGUAAUGGCACUAGUUAAAGCCGAACAGUUAAUGUUUUGCUAGCUGGCCUCCGGAGGCAGGGGGCUUAGCGUUAGCGGGCUAACGGCUAACGGCAGCCGGCAGAUGUGGCUUUUCGCUUCUCACAAUGUUGAUGUGUUCCUGUGAAAAAGUGGAUUUUAGCAUUACUUCUCGGUCCGUGGCCCGGCUCGUGUUCGAGGCCGAGCAGGAGAACAAAAACGGAGGAAACUCGUCCAAUGGGAGGUCACUGAUGUGAUGCGUUUCCUAAACCAAAGAGCAGCGCAACAAGUGUGUCGAGAGAUGAAGGUGAAAUCACACGCUCGUCUGUUCCGGAACAUUUGCUCAUCUGCACCGUAACGUUCUCUGCUAAAAGCAGGCUUGCGUGGACUGAAUGGCGGAGGCUGCGCGCGGAUUACGGUGGAUUAUUGUGGACAAACAAGUCCGUGCCAAGAUUGUUCUUGUUCAAACAGAUCACUGUAAAUACAGCCAGACGUGCUCUGGCCCCUUGACUUGGAAGUGGCUGCUUUGAAGGCAAACAAUGGAGUGAAACACACACGCAGCCCUUCACUGCUGGAGGACACAUCUGCAGUAGCUACUUCCAGAAACAGAUCUGUCAUGUAUAGGACCCCCACUCUUCCAAAGAUCUCCCAGAUUAUACAAAUGGAAGCUUGACGUCUGCAAAAGGAGUAGAGGCGAGAAACACUGGAAGUGACUGCAAGAGGUGCAGAAGUGGAAGGGGUGAGGCACUUAAGCUAAACAUAGAAGAGGGUUGAAACAGCAUUUUAGUCACACUGAAUGCAACAUAUACGGACAACUGGAAAUGGAUUGCCUAAAGACAAGACUUGUGAAACUAACUAACAGGCCUCCUCCUUGCAUCCUGCUGCAUCAUUUUUGACUGAAGAAUGCUCAUGACACUUGUGAACUGUUUAACUAUUUCUUGGCAAUGCUGCUGCUUCUUGCUUGAUGUGAAGUUCACACAGGAAAUCUUAAAUCAGUCAGAGAUACGCUGCCUGGAGUGACACGCUAACCCAUCCCAAUACAGUAUUCUGUAAAAAAUAGACAUGACUGGAAGACACGUCAGUCAUGGGUGAGCCACAACUAUAAAUAUAAAAACAAGUCCUUAUCUGGUGCCUUUGACUUGACUGAAACAGAAUAUUAGGCUGUGGAAAGCUUUCAUGAUGACCAUGUCCUCACCUGUGGAACCAGAAGGUAUCACGAUGGCGCAUCCUGUAUCCAUCCCAACGCUGACUGUCCUGCCACCAUCCUCUGAUACAGAAUCACGGUCUCGCUCACCUAGCCCCAGGUUGCCACGCUUCAUCCGCCACAGUAGAUCGCACCGCAGGAGGACUCGAACUAAGAAACAAAAUGUGGAAGGAGAAGGAUACUUUUCUAACCAGGACACAACACCUCAAAUUGUAAUCGAGGGGACUGCAGAGAAAGGCAUUGUUCCACAUUCUUCUUCCUCAGUAGCUACUCAUAUCAACGCUGAAGAGGAAGGUCAGGACAGCGCUUCACAGGAUUACCUCCUGCCUCCAUCUCGCUCAGGGUCUCGUAGUCCUUCCCCAAGUCGACGCUCCCGUUGGUCUCUUAGGAGCCUGCUCACUAGAGAUUCUGACUGGGACUGCUCCAGCACGGCCAGCAACUCUCCUCGCAGCACCCCCGGCAGCUCUCCCUCCCUGCGGCGCAGGGUCCUCGGAGGUGGCAGGGCCAGCGAGAACGAGGGAGGGGGUGAGAAGAGCAGUGGGGGAGGCGGCUCAGAGAGCCCCCUGCCUUCGAUUCCUUCAAUACCCUCGGCAUCCUCCAUCACAUCUGCCUACCCCAUUGCUUCUCGCCACUUCAGCCGCAAUGCCAAGAAGGUGCAGAGCUGGUACAAUGUUCUCAGUCCUACAUACAAACAGAGGAAUGAGGAUUUUCGUAAAAUCUUCAAGAAACUUCCUGAUACAGAGCGUCUUAUAGUGGACUACUCCUGUGCUCUGCAGAAGGACAUACUCCUUCAGGGCCGCCUUUAUCUGUCAGAGAACUGGCUGUGUUUCUACAGUAACAUCUUCCGCUGGGAAACCACUAUCACUAUUCUGCUGAAAGAUGUGACCUCCAUGACCAAGGAAAAGACUGCCAAGCUCAUCCCAAACGCCAUCCAAAUCAGCACUGACAAUGAAAAACAUUUCUUCACUUCUUUUGGAGCAAGGGAUCGCAGCUUCAUGAUGAUUUUUCGUCUGUGGCAGAACGCACUGUUGGACAAGUCUCUGUCCCCCAAAGAGCUCUGGCACAUCGUCCACCAGUGUUACGGCACUGAACUGGGCCUCACUAGUGAAGAUGACGACUACGUCUCUCCCACUGCAGAACACAUGAACGGCCUACUGCCAGGAGAUGAUUCAGUGUCAGUCACAGAUCUACUAGACCUGAGCUCGGUGUCGGUUCCCUCCGUAGGCAGCUCGCCCCCUCCCCUGGUGCCCUGUGCUCUAAGCAGCCCUUCCUCUUCUUCAAACCUUGUGGGCUCUUCUCCCCCUUCAUCUGCCUCCUGUCUGCCUAUAGAGGUGCCCUCCUCAUCUGGAUGCAGAAUCUCCUCUGAUGCUUUGGAAGCCAGCCCGCCAAGCUCACAAAGCUCCUUACCAUCCACCACUCCCACCAACGCUUCUGCCUCUGCCCCAGUCUCUGCUGCUGCCUCCUUUAAUCUGGAAGAGGGAGGGGACAGCCUGUCUGAGUCGGCCAAUCAAAUGCUGCCCCCACCAACCACCAGUCUGGGAAACCUUUCCUCAUUGGACAUGACCAAUGACGAGGAGCUGCCCACAGACCCAAGCAACUCCUCCGACACACAAGAAGAGAGUGAAAUAGAAUCCUUUUGCAUGGACCUGAGUGGACGGCUGCACAUCAACACGGUCGUCCGCAUGAGUGUGGACAAGGUGCACGACCUGCUCUUCUCGGCGGACACACAUUUCAUCCAGCAUCUUUUCUCCCAGCGACACUUUACUGACCUGUCGGUGGGUGAAUGGCAGCAGGACAGCAACAGUGGAACUUCCAGCCGUGUGCUAAGUUACACCAUCGCUCUCAACAAUCCCCUCGGCCCAAAGACGGCCCCUGUGGUGGAGACGCAGACGUUGCAUAAGAGCAGUGCCCGGGGAGAGUGCUUCGUGGUGGACUCGGAGGUCAUUACCUCAGGCAUUCCCUACCAGGACUACUUCUACACUGUCCACAGAUACUGCCUCACCUCCAUCAACAAGCACAAGAGCCGGCUCAGAGUCUCCUCAGACAUCUGCUACAGGAAGCAGCCGUGGAGCCUUGUGAAGGCGCUAAUUGAAAAGAACACCUGGAGUGGAAUCGAGGAGUACUACAGACACAUGGAGAGCGAGGUGUGCAAGCUGGAGACGUUGCUGCAGUCUGAGGUGUCUGUGGUAACCACCGGUGAAGCUGUGGGCCCAGAUGCUGCCAAGACCCCUCCAGCCCUGCGGCGUCGCAAACGGACCUGCUCCCGACGGCAGGGGGAGAGAGACCGAGAGAGGGACGGAGGAGGCCUGGGCCCCGAACAGGGAGACCGAGGAGCUGGGGAGCAGAGGGACCGCAGAGAAACCAAUGCUCACUACAUGAAGCUGGGUGAGCGCUCACGUGGCGGAGCACACAGCGGCAUAUCAACCAUCCUCCUCAUCGUCAGCUUCAUUCUGGUGGUGCUGGUGGCUCUGAACAUGCUGCUGUUCUACAAGCUGUACGCUCUGGAAAGAGCGGCUCAUACACUGGAGACAUGGCACUCCUACUCUGUUGCUGACAGUCCUUUGCCCCAGACGGCUGGAGAGUGGGCUCAGGUCCUGCAGCUCCAGAGGCAGUUUCACCAGGCCCAGCUCAGUAAGUGGCAGCAGAUCCUGCAGUCCUCGGUCACACUGCUGGACCAGAUGAAGCAGUCUCUAGAGAAGCUCCACCGAGGAAUCGUUGUCCCAGAGGUGCAACAGGAUGCUACUGACCCCCUCGCAGACUCCCUUACUGAGCCCUGAGCCCUGAGCCCUGCCUUGGACCCCACCUUGGUGAACUGGUAGAGUAGAAUUAGGGGAAGGUCAUCCUUUAUCAGGACAUGUACCUGUUCCCUCCCUCAUUUCCAAAUCAAACCCAGGUGCGGUAGUUGGAGGGAGACCACAUUACCUGCACUUACCUUGGCCUGACUGGCUUGAAAUGGUGACGGCCGCCUUCAGCCUCAAGCAGUUACAACUUCAGUGAACUCCUUCACACUGAAAGCUUUAGGACCACAGCAAUAAUCUACUAAGAGCUGCAGGACAUCUGUAUGGACCCAGGCCACUGGUGGGCCGGUCCGGACCAUCCACACAUCAAGAAUCAUGCAGAACUUCCAGAAUGGUCAGAAUCAUUCGAAAUCUCUGACCUCUUAGGAAAAUCUACGACUAUCACAGACUUUGCUCGUCUGGACUCAACAUUUCGUGGCAGCUCUGGACAGAAAGCCCUGCCUAACGCCUGCUGAAACAAAAGCCUCGGAGGAGGAGAGUGCUGACAGGAGCAGGACCACUCUCGCGCCUUCCGUCAGGAACUGGGUUCUUUCACGUCUGAGUCGAGUCCCGUCAGGAGCUGCCGGGGAACGAGGAACAUUUCAACACGAGACACUUUAGUUUUCACCCUAAUUAGGCUGUCAGUCAUCUGCCAACGGGCACGAGAUGCAUUUCAACACCACAUACUUUAGUCUUGACCCUGAGUUUUAGACACACUCCCAACGGUCCUGUCUGUGUUUUAUCGUUUUUCCAAAUCAGUGUGUUGGGUUGUUUGAGGACAGCGAGCAGUUGCUCAAACCGUUCCAGUAUUUAUUAUUACCAAUGACUUGUGAUUCCAAGUCCUGUCCUGCUAAGUCGUGCGGUGGCUGUGGUUUGCUCUGAUCUGCUGUUGCUACAGGGGAACGAUUACUGAUCACAGCAAUAAUGGCCAUAGUGAUUCUAGUACUUUUUGAAUGUUUGAAACAAAGUAGAAUAUAAUAAUAAUAACGAUGAAGACGAUGUGUGUGAAUGUGUAGAAGUUGUUUAAAAUGAAAACAAGCAGCGUAGAGUGUAACCUGACGUGUGUGAGUGAGCGAGUGAGUCCUCAUUGUUACUUUUUCAUGACUUUGCUUUUGUUUUUCUCUUCCACGUUUGGUUCACAGUGAACAGUUCAGGAUUUACCACAGGUUUGAUCAGGUAAAAAGCUAAAACAUCAGUCAGCUACUUGUUUGUCGUGUGAGUCGGACAGAUGUUUCAAAUCAAAAAAGGACCAAGCAGACCCGUGUGAAAAAAAGGGAACGUGUACUGCAGUAUUUUUUGUUUGCAUCGCUCAUCUUGUGUUUUUAUGGAAUUCCUUUUUCACUUUCUGUCUGUUCUGAUGUUUAUUUUCAUUCUGUCUUCUUGGUUCGUGGCCUCUGAUGUGAAAACAGCUCAUUCAAUUCUACUCAUCGCUCGACCUUCACUCUUCCUCUCUCUCCUCUUUGCUCUCAUCACCUUCACCUCUUCACCGCUUUGCUCUCUCUCUCUCUCACUGAAAAUGGUGUCUGCAUAAGUGUGGGCCCUGCUGUGCAUGGCCCUCUGUGGAUAAUGAGGGUGUAAUAUUUAUUGAGGGAGGGGGGGCUGUAAGGAGCAGCGGGGAUGAGAAUGUACUGUAAAGAUGAUGUGAUUGUACACCACGCCAUGGAGAGAAAUGAAAACGUAUAAAACCUGCAACAAGUC